AUGAGCGCUGUGAACAUUGAGAUCACUGGAGUCGCUGCGUACGAUCCACAUGACGUCCAUGCUUCGGCUGAACAGUGGAAGAAAUGGCUUCGCAGUUUCGAGUUAUAUGCUACCGGUAAAGGAGUGGUAAACAAAAAGCAAAAGAAAGCUUUAUUAUUACAUUGUGCUGGAUUAGCUGUACAGGACAUAUAUGAUUGUGUAACAGAGGAGAAUGGAACAGAUGAGUAUGAUGUUGUGAAAACAUUAAAUAAACAAUUUGUAAUGAAAACCAACGUUAUUGAGCGUUACCGGUAUUGUUUUAGAAAAUUAACUCAAAAUGACGAUGAAACUAUUAACCAGUUUAUUAACAGAUUGAGACAGCAGGCUACACGAUGUGAUUUUGAUGCUGAUCAGAUUGAUGAAUUAAUUAGAGACCAUGUGAUCGAGAAAUGCAAAUCGAAUAAACUGAGAAUAAAAUUACUGGAAAAGGGGAACACUUUGAAAUUAGCAAAUUUAAAAACAAUAGCUAGCACAUUCGAAAUGAGUGAACAACAAGCAAAGGAAAUGUCGGAAGGAGUUGGAGUGGAAACACCAAGUGUAAAUGCAGUGAGAAAUGAGAGAUUUUCAAGGUCAAGUAUGAAUAGCAGAAGCAAGAGCCAGGCUGGAAAUUCGAAUGGUAACAGAUCAAGUAGGCCAAAGGUCAGUGAUAGUAAUCAAGGUACAUGGAAGUGUUUUCGCUGCGGGAAAGAAGGACAUUUUGCUAGGCAUAAAUGUUGUCCUGCGAGAGGCAAGCAAUGUACUAAAUGUAAAUUACCUGGACAUUUUGCUGUUUGCAAAAGUAAAGUAGGUAGAGACAGAAAGGUAAAGAGACGUGGUGGUGGUAUUCGUAAUGUUCAAAGUGAAAAUGAAGAUGAUUAUGCUUUUGGUAUACGUGAUGAUAUUAUGCAUAUAAAUUCUAAAGCCACAAAGGUAAAUGUUUGUAUGGAUGUACAUAAGGUAGAAAUGAUUAUUGAUAGUGGUGCUACAGCAAAUAUCAUAGAUAAAGAUUUAUGGCAAAAGUUAAAAUGUAAGCAAAUUAAGUGUAAAUCUGAGUUGACAAACAGAAAGUUAUAUGCAUAUGGGUCAACAAAACCGUUAGAAUUAUUAGGGAAAUUUACCACAAAUGUUUCGUAG